AUGUCAGGGUGCCAUGCUCACGUGCGUGGGCUCAUGGACUUGGCCCAAACAUGCGAAUUGGGCCGAGGAGCCGCACUUGAUUCGAGGGCAGCACUGGUGGACGCAUCCCCAAAUCGGCAAGAUGGAAGCAACGAAGCAAGAUGGAGUAGAGCCAUGGCUGCCAAUUCCACUGAGACCUUUCAGUCUCCCAACUACCCUAGUAACUACAACAACAACUACUACGUCGAGUGGUGUUACACCUGUCCGAAUCAGCUGACGCUUUCGUGUCCCGACAUUCGAAUCCAGUGGUCUUUCUUUUGCUGGAAAGAUGCGCUCAUGGUUUCAGGAAACGGAGACUGGUCUUACUGCGGGCAGACGUCGCUGACGUACACGGUCCCCGCGGGAAGGAUGCUUUCCGUCGCCUUCAGGACGAACUUCCUCAUUACAGCCAGAGGGUUCCAGUGCACCGUCACCUGUCCUUGAGAAUGGAAAUGCUGGCAGCAGAAAUAAAGAAGGGCUUCCCGUCCAU